AAAUCAAAUGUCUUGGUUUUCUUUGCAUGCUUUUUGUUAUUUAUUAUUUCUAAAUGUACAAUUUCUCAUGGGAUAGUCUUUCUUGUCAUGCCAAAGCAAUACCUUUCUUUCUCGUGUUACAAAGUUUCUUAGCUGCAAAGAUGAAUAUUUCCACUGCUUAUAUAAUCUAAUUUACGUACUUACUAAUUCAAUCCCCUGUACUGGUUAUAUUCCAUUGAGGAAUUGACCAUUGGGCAAUCAUAUUCCUUAAACAUGUCGAAUUACUCUUCGGAUCCAAAGAGACGGGUUGGUCAUGAAAAGUCAUUGCAUGCAAUUCUUGGGGAAGGGACAGUUGCUGACAUAUUGUUAUGGAGGAAUAAGAAUUUAUCAACAGCAAUAUUAAUCGGAUUCACCGUAAUAUGGUUUCUGUUCGAGGUCAUGGAGUACAACUUUGUGACUCUUUUCUGCCAUGUCACCAUGGCUGUGAUGUUAGUUGUGUUCGCUUGGUCUAAUGGGGCAAUAAUAUUGGACAGGAAUCCUCCCGAUUUAAGAGGCCUUACAAUUCCAGAGUCUUCAUUACGUUGGUUGUUAACCAAAAUCAACAGGUUUUUGUUGAGAUUCUAUGAUGUUGCUUCUGGGAAAGAUUUGAAGACCUUUUUCCUGGCCAUCGCGUUUCUAUGGAUAUUUUCAGGAAUUGGAAAUAACUUCAGCUCCUUGAAUCUAUUGUACAUUGGUUUUCUUUGCCUGGCCACAUUACCUGCAUUGUACGAACGGUAUCAAGGUGAAGUGGAUUAUCUUGCAAGCAUAGGGAACCAGGAUAUGGAGAAAUUGUACAAGAAAUUUGAUGCCAAGGUUCUGAACAAGAUUCCAAGAGGACCUGUUAAAGAAAGGAAGAGAUUCUGAAUAUCGUUUCAAGAACACAGCAUACGUGCAAGUUCCUGUACAUAAUUUACAAGUUGUAACAUACGGAAUAAACAAAACAAUGCAACUUUACAUUAAGGACAUGUUUGUAACGCAAAUGACAAAUAAACAAGACUUCAACUUCA